AGCCUGCAGUGAGGCAGUGGUGCCUGAAAUACUGCCCGGUGUUUGCACAAAACCCACCGCCUGUAACGUAAUGCCUUCCCCACUCCUACGUGCUCUGUUCUCUCCUGAAACAAGCGGCUUCAUUCACACAGCACCUCAUUCUGCUUUGUCCUUCCUCCAGCUCUCUGCUGUCAUCAGGUGGGCUUCUCUCUGGCCAAAUUCUGGCUCUAAGACAGCUGCCUGUAGCCCUGCUCCAUCCCAGUGCAUCCCAGCGCUGCUCUCUCACCCUGCUGUCCCAUAGCAGGAGCUAAUGGGAAGGGAAGAGGCUGGACAGAGAUCUUCCUUCUCUCUGCAACACUGCUUCCUCUUCUGCAGUACCAUCACAAGACAGAGGAAGAGAUUUCUGCUUGAACUAAAAUCUCUGUGUCCUCGCCAGCAUCUUAAUGCUGGUUUUGUGCAGCUUUUCAGCAAGAGGAGCAAAAAUGCGUUGUUAAUUCCUUUACCUUUGUCAUAGAAUCAUACAAUGGCUUGGAUUGGAAGGGAUCUCUGAGAUGAUUGAGUCCCAACCCCGUUGCCAUAGGCAGUGUUGCCAGUCACUAGAUCACACACCAGGUUAGGCUGCCAGGGCACCGUCCAGCCUGGCCUUCAGCAUCUCCAGAGAUGGGGCAUCCGCAUCUUCUCUGGGAUAGGGAAUACUAAGCUCUGUUACCCAUCUCCCAGCAUAUACCUACUUAACAUCUGUGGUUUAAGUGCAAAGAGUCGUUUCUGGUUGCUAUCCUGAGCUGUGUCACAGUGCGUUGGGUUACUGAUGCAAUGGAAAUUUUCACGUCGGAUCCUUGACCUCAGUGCUGUCCUCACCCCUUCAGCACUCAGUGUAACUCAGAAUAUAUGAACAUCAGCAACAAUGGUGUCUCAGAAGUCUUGAUUGUAGAAUCAUAGAAUGGCUUAGGUUAAAAGGGAACUUGGAAGGGGUUGGAAAUUCCCACUUCAGCUCCUCUGUUCCCGUGAUCUAAAAAUGAAGCCUUUGGGGCACUAAUUCGCAUCAUUGCGCUGUUCUAAAAGGACUCCUGCCUUCUGCAUUGCUCUGUGCUGAGUUCACAGUGUUCCCAACCCCACUAAAUCAUGUGUGUGCCCUUCGUGUUCCCCACAGCUCGUUUAAACUCAAGGUUUGUGUUUCCUCGUUAAAAAGCCCGGUUGCUGCUGCUGUGAGAAUAAUUUAUUAGCUAUUACUAAGCUUUAUCAUUUGCACACGAGCAUGGUAGUGUAUUGCUGCUGGUGAUAGGUCUUUGAGGAGGUUGCUCCUAAUUCUGUUUGCUGAUGAUUGCUGAAAUGGGGACAUACCUGGUUGCUGCUGUGCCAUCGUUGCGUAGGGUCCCUGCAGGGCUGCACUAACCUACAGCUCCAGUUUCUUUUCCAGAAAUUGGUUCUUGGAGUAACUGAUGCCUGAGGGCCAAUCUGUGAGCCUUUCUGUGCAAUAGCUUUGACCAUGUCAGCACAGCAAUACUGUAUUAUGAGUCAGAAGCUCAUUACAUUCAGCAAAGGUCCUGUUGAAAACCUCCUCUGUAUAUUUGUAGGAUAUAGAGGGAAAAGGCUGCCUGUGUGCAAAUAGAGAGGUUACAGUGUGCUUUUGAGGAGGAAAUACCAGAGUCAGAUGAGUUUUUAUUAUUAAGCCGUGUCAGUAACCACUGAGCAAUGGGCAGGAAGCUUUUGUAUUGUUCAUGUAGUUUCCUAAAGGAAAAAUUUCACUGGUGCUCUCCGUGGCAGUGCCCAGCACCAGCUUGUUGGGGAGAGGCUGAAUGCCAAGGAGUAUUUGGGAAUUCUGAGCAGUGUGGUACGUGUUAGCUGGGGCUGCUGGGCAGAGCAAUACAGCAGUGAGGAGUUCAUCAUGCUGCUUGUGAAAGCGUUGGGGAACUUAGAAAGAUGAUGCAGCAAAGUGUUUCCAUCUCCUAAGGAACACACUAAACUCCACCUCGUUUUCUGACUGAUACCUGCAUGAUCUUUGCGACAUCACCUCUGUUGAAAUGACUCCUGUGUGCCGUGCCAGCCGUCAGCACUGUGCUUGCUGUUUGCUCUCGGAGGGUUUGCAGAACUGCCAGCACCCAGGGCUCUGAGCUUCCCAUCAGUGCUGUGUCCCUGUGCAGUGGGUGACAGCAGGACGGGUGACACUGGUGGCACAGGGCUACCUGUGCAACCCUUUUUGCUUGCGGGUGUGUUCUUGUUUCUGCCUGAUGUUUACGCCUUCUUUCUGUUUUCUUUUGCAUGUUUUCUCGGCUGGAUUGCAAUAGAGAAGAAGAAAAUGAGAGCAAGACUGAAACCGUGCAGAAAGCUGGCUUUAUCAAAGGCCCAGUGUUCAAAGGUGUUGCUUCUAGUCGUUUUUUGCCCAAAGGCACCAAAACGAAGGUUAACCUUGAGGAGCAAGGAAGACAAAAGGUGUCUUUCAGCUUUAGCUUAACCAAGAAAACCUUACCGAACAGAUUUCUGCCCGGUCUGGGAAACGAAAAACAAAAUGAAACUCCGAACUCCGCAGCAGUACCCACACAGACUGAUUUUAACCCCAAAAUUAAAAUGGACCUUGGGGAUGCUGCUGGUUCAGCGGAGGAGUCUUCACCUCCAAAACCGAAGGUAGAACUGGGGAAAAUCCAUUUUAAGAAACAUUUACUCAGUGUCACAACCAAACCCCUCCCGCCAGCUGCAGCAGCAACUUUACUGCCGCCGCCACCGGCUCUGGCACCGGUCACAGAACCAGUGGCAGCGGCCGCCGACCUUCCAUCGGCACCUCCACCAACGGCAUCACCAGCAGCACCAAUGCCUGUCCCUGCUGCAGCAGCCUUGCCGCAGCUGCCCGUCACGCUCAUGUCGACGCUGUUGCUGUCACCGCCUGCAGAAGCAGAAGUCCCGGCUUCGAGGGAGCUGUGUCACGUAGUCACGAAGGAGGCUCCUGAGCUGGACCUGAAGCAGGAUGUGGUAUCGCACGGGUUGGAGGAGCACGUGACUCGACACGUGGCCGAGCAGGUGGAAGUAACUCCACAGAAGGAAGAUUCCCAUAUUGGGAAAGAUGAUGAGGUUUCAGAAAGCUCCAAGGGUGCUUCUCUGUGCUCUAGGAAACAGGGCUCCAAAAGGAAGUUCUCCCAGUCCGAUGGCACGUUGCUGGGCUCUGAGUCUGAUGAAGAUUCUGUGAGGACUUCUUCCAGCCAGCGCUCGCAUGAGCAGAAGAUAUCCAGUGCAGAAAAGGAGAGGGAUCCCAGGAAAAGCUCUUCCUCUCUCAGAGGCGAAGAACUGAAGUCCUCCUCACGCUCCAGAUCGGACAGAGAUGACAAGUAUUCCAGCUAUUCAAAAUCAGAACGAGAUUCGCGGUAUGCGUCCUCCCGAUCGCGGUCAGACAGAGAGAGAAGGCGAAGCCGGUCCCACUCUCGGUCCCGCUCGGAUCGGAGCUCCCGAACCAGCUCUUCCUACUCGAGGUCGGAGCGCUCGCAUUACUACGAAUCCGACCGCAGGUAUCACCGCAGCUCCCCGUACAGAGAGAGGACGAGGUACUCGCGCUCGUACGCAGACUCCAGGGGGAGGGAGAGUUCUGAUUCGGAGGAUGAGUACAGAAGGACGCAUUCCAGGUCCAGUGACUCGAGGCGGACGUCGUCCCACUCCUCCUCGUACAGAGAGUCAAGGACUUCUUACUCGAAGUCAGACAGGGACAGCAAAGUAGAGUCAUCUCAUGCUGACGUGGAGAGGAGAGGAAAGUCUUCUUCAAAAGCAGAUAGAGAUUCAAAACGGACUUCAGAAAGUGAAGUAACCAAAAGGUGCUCUCCCCUUAACGAGCUCGGGUAUCGAAAGGGGACUUCCCAUUCUAAGCCUGACAGCAAUGUGAAUUCUUCCCGUUAUAAGUCCACCCCUUCAAAGACCCCUGCACCAAAGCCUGAUAAAUUUAAAAGUUCUUUCUGUUGUACAGAAUCAGUUGAAGAAAUAAAACAGCCGUCUAAUUCUCUAGAUUUAGAGACCUCUUGUUUAAAAAGCAGUGAGAUCAGAGUGUCCAUUGCAAAAAGAUUGGAAAGGGAAAAGACGCUUUCUCCAUUAAAUCAGUUAAAUGAUUCCCCCACUUUUAAAAAGACAGAUGAAUCAAAAGCUGCUUUCCCUCACUCAGGGUCUGAGGAACUCGCAGGCAAUGAAUGCCGUGACAGUGUUAAGGAACAAGAGACUUUAGUAAGGGUAAAGCACGAGCAACUGAGAACAUGUUUCCCUGUAGAAAUGAAUAUAAAUGGGUCCCCAGAGGGUAGCUCUGACGAUGUGGCGGCUCCCAGUGCCUCCAAAGCAGAGGAUGUCGCAGUAUCUUCUGAUGAUAGUUUGUGCAGGUUGGAAGCAUCACACACUGGGAGGACGAGCAGCUCGUAUCCGCUGCCGUCGAAUGGAUUUGAGGGCACGUACGCCCCUCAAGAGCACGAGCCUGAUGAUUCUCACAUACAGUCCAGCGAGUGUAGCAGCCUGUUCAAGGAGGAAGAGGCUCUGGUCCUGGAGCAACAAAGUGAAGCUAUGCCUUCAGCAGUUGUGAAUGUAGAUCAUUCCAAAAUGUCAGUGAAGAAGCUGGAUGAUCAGGCAGCUCCCUGUGACGAAACCAAAGAACCAGUUUUUUGCUACGUUUCAGAUGAUGCCGCUCCUUCUUUGUAUCAUUCAGAAGUUGAAAUCGAAGUUGAACCAGCAGAUGUAAAAGUGACUUCCGAGGCAUUUCUGGACUUGCACGUUGAACCGCAGACGGUGACGUGCGACUAUGAAAGCACAGAGGAUCCGAAUUCAAAGUCUGCAUGUGAAGAGGAGCAGUAUCACAUUAACCCACCCCAUCAAGCUGGCCUAGCUGUGGAUAGUUCAAGCAGGGAUUCUGCCCAGGACUGCUGUUCACCCGGAAUCACGCAGGACUGUCCUGUUACUCAGCAUCUGGAGGAAAACAUCCCCUCCGAGGGGGACAGGGCCCCGCCGAGCUGCUCGGGCGCUGGGGAGAUGCUCGAGUUGGACGUUCGGCACGUUGACCUGAACUCAACGCAGGGCAAGCUGUCACUCAAGGAUGAGCAUUCCUAUUAUUCCCAAGUGCCACUGGAACGCUGCAGCAGAGAGGAGGCAGUGGAAGAAAUGGCCGUUACUACGGAGAGAGUUGGUCCUGAUGAUCUGAAUGAGCAAGGCCAGGGAGCGUCUGCCGAGGAUGACGGAGGGAAUGAGCCCUUGGUGGCUUCAGCUUUUCCAGACGCUUCGUUUCCAUCUUGUGAUGUUGUGGUGGCUGCGGAAGAACCAGAAGCCGUAACGCAAACCCCAACGUGUGACAGCAGUGGUGGCGCUUCCGAAUUCGCUCCCGCCCCCCAUGAUGACUAUUCUGACACGGCUGAAAGCGACAGCGAGCCGGGCAGCGACGACAGUGAGACAGAGGAUUCUGAUUCAGAUGAUGGCGUGCCACGGAAGCGGCUGCAGUCUGUUGUGGUUGUCCCGAAGAACUCGAGCAUUGUGAUGGAGGACAGCAGCCCCUGCUCCUCGCGGAGCAGCCAGGGCACGCGGCACUACUCCGACCAUUGGGAUGUCGAGAGGCCAGAACCAAGCAGGCCCUACUAUGAGGACAGGCCAGAGGCUACAGUGAGUAACAACGGGUCCCAGGCUGAGAGCAGGUGCUCUCCGAGAGGGAUGGACAAGAGUCCGGCCUCAUCUACUGAGCUCAGCAGGAAAGAUGGCGAAGAGCUGCGGGCAGACGUCUGCCAGGCGCAGAGUGAUGGCGUGGACAGCACGAGCCAGGCAGAUCUGGCGGUGGAUUCUCAAGGCAAACCCAACCCAGACGAGAGAAUGCUUAAUGAGCUCAUGUCCAUCAGUCGGCCGCUUGGCCGGCAGGAGGAGCAGCCAUUUUGCGUGCCUGAGAGCUUUGAGGGCACCGAUGAGUCUUGCCAUCAGAUGAGCUUUUCUAAGCCAGACAGCUGGCAGGGGAGUGGGGGUCUCCAUCAGUCUGGCCUCGGAGACUGCUCCAGGGAGGACGGUUUUCAUCCAGGGGAGGGAAUGGGUGGCGUGAGCUGGGAGCUGCAGGCAGAGAAGCCCAGCAGCACCUAUCAGCAGCCAGAUAGCAGCUUCGGGGUCUAUUCGGGCUAUGUGUACCAGCCAGGCACAGGAGCCUACAGCAGUUCUCAGAACUGCUGGCAGGGCAAUGGCUACUGGGAUGUGAGGUCUGCUGGGCGGCCUGCUGGAGGCAGCUAUGAACGAGUUCAAGGACAAGUGCCGGAUUCUCUAACGGAGGAUCACGAGGAGUACGAGGAUGACCGCUGGGAUGAUGAGUGCAAGGCUGGCUUUCCCAGCCCCUCCAGUAAGUUCCACACUCCCGGGCAGAAAGAAACGGGCUCUGUGCAAGCCCAUGAGAUCAGCAGCAACUCGAGCAAGGAGCCGGUGUCCGGUGCUGAGAAAAAGGAGGAGGUGAAGUCUUUGGAAAAGAACGACGUGAAGGAGCGAGGCCCUCCCAAAAAACGACGGCAGGAGCUGGAGAGUGACUCUGAGAGCGAUGCGGACUCCAGGGAGAGGAAAAAGGUGAAGGUGGAGGGUGAGCAGGAGGUGGCACCGCAGGACUCCUCCAUGGUCGGCCGCCCGUGCAUCAUGGACGACUUCCGCGACCCGCAGCGCUGGAAGGAGUUUGCCAAGCAGGGGAAAAUGCCCUGUUACUUUGACCUCAUUGAGGAAAACGUCUACUUGACAGAAAGAAAGAAGAGCAAAUCCCACCGGGAUAUUAAGCGGAUGCUGUGUGAAUGCCCUCCUCUCUCCAAGGAAGAACGAGCCCAGGGGGAGGUUGCUUGUGGAGAAGACUGCCUGAACCGCCUGCUCAUGAUCGAGUGUUCUUCCAGGUGCCCAAAUGGUGACUUCUGUUCCAACCGACGCUUCCAGAAGAAGCAGCACGCAGAUGUUGAAGUAAUCCUUACUGAGAAGAAAGGCUGGGGACUCAGAGCUGCCAAAGAUCUCCCAUCAAACACUUUUGUGUUGGAGUACUGCGGAGAGGUGCUGGACCACAAAGAGUUCAAGGCACGUGUGAAGGAAUACGCCCGCAACAAGAACAUCCACUACUACUUCAUGGCUCUGAAGAACGACGAGAUAAUAGAUGCUACCCAGAAAGGAAACUGCUCUCGUUUUAUGAACCACAGCUGUGAACCAAACUGUGAGACACAAAAGUGGACUGUGAAUGGGCAGCUCAGAGUUGGGUUCUUCACCACCAAGCUGGUCCCCUCGGGCUCCGAGCUGACCUUUGAUUACCAGUUCCAGAGAUACGGCAAAGAAGCUCAGAAAUGUUUCUGUGGCUCAGCCAACUGCCGGGGCUACCUGGGAGGAGAGAACAGGGUCAGCAUCCGGGCUGCAGGGGGGAAGAUGAAGAAGGAACGCUCCCGUAAGAAGGAUUCGGUGGAUGGGGAGCUGGAGGCACUGCUGGAGAACGGGGAGGGCCUCUCAGACAAGAACCAAGUUCUCAGCUUGUCCCGGCUGAUGGUGCGCAUCGAGACCCUGGAGCAGAAGCUCACCUGCCUCAAGCUCAUCCAGAACACGCAUUCACAGUCCUGCCUGAAGUCCUUCCUGGAGUGCCACGGCUUGUCACUGCUGUGGAUCUGGAUGACAGAGCUGGGCGACAGCAGGGGAAGCACCGCCAACAACCUCAAGCUGCAACUGGAGAUUAUGAAGACGCUGGAGCUGCUGCCCAUACCCACCAAAAACAUGCUGGAGGAGAGCAAGGUGCUUCCUAUCAUCCAACGCUGGGCUCAGACCAAGAGUGCCAUCCCACAGCUCAGUGAGGGCGAUGGAUACUCGAGUGAGAACACGUCGCGCGCUCACACACCGCUCAACACGCCAGAGCUGUCUGCCAAGCAGAGUGCUGAGGGAGACACAGAUACCCCCAAGAAACUGGUGUUCCGGAGGCUCAAAAUUAUCAGUGAGAACAGCAUGGACAGUGCCAUCUCGGAUACAACUAGUGAGCUGGAGGGGAAGGAAGGCAAAGAGGACCUGGACCAGCUGGAGGUUCCCCCGACGGAGGUGUCAGAGGAGCAGCAGCCGCAGCAGGAGGUGAAAAUGGCCACGGAUCCACCGGUGGAGAGCAGCAAGCCACAGGAGCUGGAGGCUGAGCCUGAAGCAGAGGUCAAGGAGAGCAAUGGCACCAAGCUGGAGGAGCCCAUCACGAUGGAAACGCCAUCUCAGGACGAAGAGGAAGGCGUUUCUGACGUCGAGAGCGAGAGGAGCCAAGAGCAAACAGACAAAAUUGUGGAUGUGAGCGACUUGGCCACCAGGCUGCUCGACAGCUGGAAAGACCUGAAGGAGGUGUACCGAAUCCCAAAGAAGAGUCAAGCGGAGAAGGAGAGCAGUGCUGACCGAGGCAGAGAGGCAGCUGGCCUCAGGGAUCAGACUCCCACACCGAAGAACCCCGUCCUGAGCCGCACAGACCCCGAGUGGCAGAGCCUGAGCAAGGAGAAGAAGAGGAGGCGAGACUCGCUGUCCCCUCCGGCAUCAGCCUAUGAGCGGGGCACCAAGAGGCCUGAGGACAGGUAUGACACGCCAGCAUCCUCAAAGAAGAAAGUCCGCCUCAAGGACCGCAACAAGCUGUCGACAGAGGAGCGCAGGAAGCUCUUUGAGCAGGAGGUGGCCCAACGAGAGGCCCAAAAGCAGCAACAACAACUGCAGAACUUGGGCAUAACUUCCCCCCUUCCCUACGACUCCAUGGGCUACGGCACACCGCACCACAGCUUCAUCGGCUACCCGCCCGGCUACCCCAUGCAGGCCUACGUGGACCCCAGCAACCCCAAUGCGGGCAAGGUGCUGCUGCCCACCCCGAGCAUGGACUCUAUGUGCUCCCCAGCAGCAUACGAGCACCCUCAGCCCAUGGUGGGGCACACAGUCGAACCCACCCUGCCCACUCCCCAGCCUGUCCCAGUAGUCCAACAUGUAGCAACGCCGAUGGAGGUGACGACUCCUCAGUAUGUAGCACAAAACGACGCCGUGGUUCACCAGGAACCCAACGUGGCCGUCCUGCCCGUGCCCACCACGGGACCAGUGCAGGGGCAGAGCUACGGGGUGUGGGAUUCCAGCCAGCAGACUGUGGCCGUGCAGCAGCAGUACUCGCCAGCCCAGUCCCAGCCUGCCAUAUAUUACCAAGGCCAGACCUGUCAGACUGUUUAUGGGGUGACGUCCCCCUACUCGCAGACGACCCCGCCGAUUGUGCAGAGCUACGCCCAGCCAGGCCUGCAGUACAUCCAGGGGCAGCAGAUCUACACAGCCCACCCGCAGGGAGUGAUCGUCCAGCCCCCUCCUGCUGUCACCGCCAUCGUGGCAGCUGGGCAGCCACAGCCCAUCCAGCAGCCAGAGCUUGUGGUGACCAACAACCUCCUGGACCUGCCUCCUCCAUCCCCUCCCAAACCCAAAACCAUUGUCCUGCCUCCCAACUGGAAAACAGCCAGAGACCCCGAGGGGAAAAUCUACUACUACCAUGUGGUAACGAGGCAAACCCAGUGGGACCCUCCGACGUGGGACAGCCCAGGGGAUGAUGCCAGCCUGGAACACGAAGCUGAGAUGGACCUGGGGACCCCAACAUAUGAUGAAAACCCAAUGAAGUCUUCCAAGAAGCCCAAGACUGCGGAAGCAGACACGUCGAGCGAGCUUGCCAAGAAGAGCAAGGAAGUCUUCAGGAAAGAGAUGUCUCAGUUCAUCGUGCAGUGCCUCAACCCCUAUCGCAAACCCGACUGCAAGGUUGGCCGCAUCACCACCACCGAGGACUUCAAGCACCUGGCACGGAAGCUGACGCACGGCGUCAUGAACAAGGAGCUGAAAUACUGCAAGAACCCAGAGGACCUGGAGUGCAACGAGAAUGUGAAACACAAAACGAAGGAGUACAUAAAGAAAUACAUGCAGAAAUUCGGGGCCAUCUACAAACCCAAAGAGGACACGGAUUUGGAGUGACCGCCUCGACCCCCCGGCGCCGCCAUUGCCCUCAGCUGGGGGUGCUGUGCUGGGGGUGCUGUGCUGGGGAUGCUGUGCUGGGGGUGCUGUGCUGGGGGGCCCCGUUCAGCUCCCAGCCACCACGGAGAUGUGUAUUAUAUUUUAACCUAUAUGUGAAUAUAUUGAGGGUUUUCUUUUCCGUUGGUUCGUUCGUCGGUUCGUUUUCCUUUUUGCUUUUAGCCCAACACGUGCUGUUAUCACGGGAACACUUUGUAAGGAUAGUUUUGGGGUUUUUUUUUUUUCCUUUCGUUUUGUUUUGUUUUCUUGUUUUUGUUCUGCGAGGUUUCAAUCUGUUCUCAUGUAAAUAUUCCGGAACGGGUUGCCCCUGAAUUUCUGGCAGCCUUGUGCUAUGUUGAUAAGAUUGAUUUUACUGCUUAAAUCAUUUUACUUUAUCCAAUUUUUACUGAACUUUUUAUGUAAAAAAAAAAAAAAAUUAAAAAAAAUAAAAAUAAAAUGAAAUCAA